UUUAAACGUUUUAUACAUAAACGUUUAAAACGUUUAAAACAAUUGUUUUAAACGUUUUAUUCAUAAACGUUUAAAACAAAAAAAAAAUAACAAACUAUUUUAUGUAACUUAUAACUUGAUUUUCGACAGAUACCUUAAUAUUGUUCUAUGUUAAUAGGUAUCUAAGUAUCUUACACAGUUAUAAUAAAUAUUAAUAGAUAUGAACCAGCUGCGUUAUACUUAUACACUUAUACCUAGCAACAGCAAUACCAAUACGCCAGUCGUCAAUACGACAAUACGUGAGGCGUGCACACGAUAACAGUGUUUUAUUUUUAACCAUCAUAAUUCAUAACAAAUAACAAUAUAGCUAUCGCCUAUCGGCUAUCGCUAAUCGCUAUGGCAUGGACGCAUGGGUAUAAAUGUAUAAUUUAGUAUUGACUAUUGAGUAUUGACGUAUUGUACAUUGGUACGUGUCACGAGUGUACGACUGUCGACUGGCGACUGCAUAUUGACGUAUUAAUUAGUAAUCAGUAAUCACUAUUCGUUAAUCGUUGUCUCGUUCUCGUAAUCUCGUUGACUUAAUAAUAUGAUGACUGGCCGAAGGAAAGAUGCAAUUUGGAACUACUUCAUCGAAAUCAAAGACAAACAUAAAACAACACGUGCUAAAUGUCUAAAAUGCUCGAUGGAAAUGGCAGGUCUAGUGAAGCGUAUGAAAUUGCAUAAAAACAAAUGCAUUAGUAUUUUGGAAGAUUCAAUUGUCGAUGAACCAGAAAAUGAUCAAUUAACAGGAGAUUCUGGAGAUGGCAUAGAAGAAAGUGAUAUACCUACAGCUAAACGUCGUUGUUCAAGUUCAUUACUUGACACUGGAGGGAGUUUAAACCUAGAAGGAUCAUCUUCGUGCAAAAAGUCAUCAUCUAUGGAUACAUUUAUUUACAGGACAAGUCCAUCAGAAAAAAUGAAAUUGGAUCAUCAGAUUGCCAAGUACAUUUAUGCUACUAAUUCUUCUUUCUCAUACGUCGAACACCCAGAAUUUAAACGUAUGAUUGAAAUGUUGCGUCCCGGUUACAUACCUCCUAACAGGGAUAAUAUUGGUAAUAAAUUGUUGAAUGAAACAUUUGUAACAAUAGAUCAGGAAAUAAGAAAAAUAUUAAAAGGAAAGUCUGUAUGUUUAGCCAGUGGAUGGUUGGAGUAA